AAGAACGAUCCAAUUGGAUGAAGGGCUCUGGCAGCUCAUUUUCCAAUAAGUUCUGCACGUGUGUGCCAAUGUUUACGUUUUCUGACAGUCAAGUCGGUGUGUUUUUUGGGGAGCUCGGAGAACGUAAACAAACGGAACAGCGGUGACCACGGUGUGCAACUCCACACAGACUAAAAAUGAACAAAUCUCGUGGUGCUGGUAAAGGACGCAAGAAUAACCAAUUUCGGAAAAACCAUCGCGAUCGGGAAAGUCGCCCACUGGCCGAGAAACUAUCAGACUUAGCGGUGGAAAGCGAUUCCACGUCCGCAUCGGAAGAUGAAAGCGAUCAAUCCGGUUCCGGGCACAGUUCGGGCGAGGAGGAAGUGGAACCGAAGAACAAGUUCGAUGUUGGAAAGCCGCCCAAAUUUCCCGUCGCCAUGUGGGACCUAAAGCACUGCGAUCCGAAAAAGUGUUCGGGCCGGAAGUUGGCCCGGCAUGGGUUGAUCAAAAACUUAAGGCUAGGACAAAAAUUUCCCGGCCUAGUGUUAACACCCGUCGGGGUGAACUGUGUCAGUCCCCAGGAUAAGGACAUUAUCAAAUCUUCCGGGAUUGCAGUCGUGGACUGUUCGUGGGCAAGGCUGGACGAAACGCCGUUCAAUAAGAUGCGCUCACCGAAUCCACGAUUGUUACCGUUCCUGGUGGCGGCCAAUCCGAUUAACUACGGCAAACCGUGCAAGCUGUCCUGCGUUGAAGCGAUCGCAGCCUCGAUGUAUAUUACCGGCUACAAGCAGGAAGCACUUUGGUAUUUGAACAAAUUUUCCUGGGGCCACUCGUUCGUCGAGCUCAACCAGGAGCUUCUCGAUGCGUAUGCUGGUUGUGCCAACAGUAAGGAAAUACUGGAAGUGCAGAAGCAAUACUUGGAAACUGCACAGGAUGAGCUGCAGGGCGAACGCGACUUUCCCACUUUUGAAUCUGAAGAGGAAUCAGGGGAAGAGGAAGAAGAAGAGGAAGAGGAAGAGAAGGAUAAAGAGGAGCCGGCUAAUGUAAUAGAGCAUGAAAAGGCGAAAAAAACUGUAGAAACAGUAAAAGAAGCUACAAGCAUAUAGGAAAAUAGGCUGUAAAUAAAAUGUAACAUCUUGCAUCAUUGAAAGGGUUUAAAAAUUAA